CUUUCUAGCCUUCUUCUUCUACUUCAUUUUCUCACUUCUUCGAAGAAAUAUCCAGUGAAGCUUCAAACCCUUUGAUUCCAUUCAGCAAUGGCAACAUCAUCACUUUCAUUAGCUUCCACUUCCUUCUCAUCCCCUAAAUUUCUCUCAACUUCUUCAUCAUCUCUCGUGUCAUUCACACCUCAACUUCUCUUUCAAAACAAAUCUUCUAAUUUCAACAAAGUUGAGAUUCUGAGAAGAACCCAUGAAAGCUUAUCAGUUAAAGCAUUAACCUUAGAUUUUUCAGGUUCAUUCUUUGAAGGAGGUGUUGGAGAAGAUGAUGAAUCACCAUCAUCUGGUGGUAUUUUAGGUGCUACUGAAGAGAAAGAAGAACCUCAAUGUCCACCUGGUUUGAGACAAUACGAAACUAUGGCUGUUUUGAGACCUGAUAUGACCGAAGAUGAACGUCUUACUCUUACCCAGAAGUAUGAAGAGUUGAUUGUUGCUGGUGGUGGAAUGUAUGUCGAGGUAUUUAACAGAGGAGUGAUUCCGCUUGCAUACAGCAUCAAAAAGAAGAACAAGGCAGGAGAAACCAACACCUAUUUGGAUGGUAUCUAUCUACUUUUUACCUAUUUUACCAAACCAGAGUCCAUAACUGCUCUGGAGGCCCGCCUCAUUAGAGAUGAUGACGUUAUCCGAUCAUCCAGCUUCAAGAUCAGAAAGAGGAAGUACUAGAAUCUGGAUUUCCUUUUACACAUUCAUCUUUGAAAGAAAAGGUAACUUUAAUGUACUUAUGAGCGUUAAUGAUGUUUGUUUGUUUUCCUUCGGAUUAGUGAAAUCAUAUUUUGUUGUUAUGUAGUUAAAUUCAUGAGUAAUGACAGUCGAAGAUAUCUUUCCAACAGCAUGAUAUAGUUCUAGACUUCUAGUUUCUAAAGAAACAAAACUUUUAUUGUUUAUAGGA